UCACGGUGGCGCAGCAUCCCCGCGCGCGCGCGCGCGCACGCACGCACGCACACGCGGAGAGAGAGAGAGAGAUGUGAGAGCUUGAGUGAAGUUAUGAGCUGAUCGUCAUGUUUCCCGGUGUCGUCUAUGCGCUGCUGGCCGGGUUUCUCGGCGCCGUGGCGAGCUCGUCCGCGAAACUGUCUCUCGGUACCAAUUAUCUGAAGGGCGUGUGUGAGACGGGUCUGAGGACGUGGGGAGAGCAGAGGAGGUUCACACAAGACAACGAAACCACCGCCUGUGACUGGUUACACAUUCCACUCAGACUGCUGUGUGGUGGUCUGCUGUUCACCUGUAAUGCCGUGAUGUGGACGUUCCUGGCGAAGGCGCUCCGUAGCUCGUGUUCAUCUACUUACACCACUGUGACCACAACGGCAUCCAACUUCAUCUCCUCUGCAUUUCUGGGGCAGCUAAUAUUUGGAGAGAGCCACAUUGCUCUGUGGUGGGUGGGCAUUUCAUUGACUCUCUCCGGUCUUCUGGUGCUACAUCACACUUCACCGCACCUCACACAAUCGCACGGCAACAAGAGAGACGACUGACGACAGCACACGCACACGUGACACAUGCCUGUAGAGGAACCUUUGUGAUGAAUCUGGGUUUAUAAACAUAUCCCAUAUCACUCCGGGUGAAAGUAGCAUUAAUAAUAACGAAACGAUAUUCUUUACAUUCAGCUUCCUGGAGACAGAUUGAGGGUUUUAAUUUGUUUGCUUCACUGCACCAAAGUUGCUGAGGUUCAGUUUGAAACGUUCCGAAUCUCACGUGUAAAAAAUCUCAUCUCGUGCCAAAGACGAAUAUAUUGAAACGGUGCAUUAAUAUGAAUCACUGUCGGUGUUAGAGAUGAAACUCAUUUGUGUCACAUUUCAUCCCAACAUCAAAAGAAGAAACUCAACAAUUAUAUUGUGUGUAAAAAUGACAACUAUUGAGAACCGUUGCACUGUUACAUCGUUUUCAUAAAAAUGUGCGACAAUAACAUCCAAAUUCUCAUUAAAAUCACGCAAGAAAUGAUCUUGUUAUAAAACAUUUGGAUCUUUUACUUUCAUUGUCGUAUAAAUAACGUAAAGUGCAAGAAAAGCAAUAUUAAUCGAAGCGUUUAACAUAGAAACCACAAUAGCCACAGUUGAACCAUUUAUAGUAAAAUUGUCCAAAUGUAAAUGCUUAUCAAUCUGCUAAAAAACAUGGUUACUACCCUUUUACUAGAGUAAAACCAUGCUUUUCCUAAAGGUUCUCCCUAAAGCAAGUCAUUCAAUUAAUAAAACAUUACAAAAGUAAUUCAAUUCACGACCUCUGGUCUGCAUUUCCAGUUUUAGUGAAAGGCAGCCGAACGUUCAGUCUGUUGUGAUGUUUCAUGACCUUCAAGCAGAAAUCAGAAAGCAUCUCAGAUGCAUGAAACACGACGUCUGCUGCAUGUGCACUCGUGAGCUUGAAGUUUUCUCAACACUGUGAUCUCUUUGUGUGUGUGUGGAGGAUAACGGCGCAAUAAUAGCAAGAAACCUCUCUGAGAGCUGGACUAGAACAUGAGAAGAGGAUUUUUUCACACAUAUCUUUAUGCAUGCAGGCAUCUGAUGAUGUGACGUGAGACACUUUCUGUAGCUGUAUGAAUGAACACAAAUAUGAAAAAACUGGUGGUCAAAGCCAACUUAAAGUCAACAUUUACAUCUGUAAUAGACAUGUGCUGUAGAAACAAUGUGGGUUAUACCAGUUCAGAGGCGAGACGCCGAAAGAAGGAGACGGAAAGAGGCAAAGCUAUUACAUUUUUGAUCAAAGAUUAUAAAGACGAACGUUAUUGUCUUAUCAUCCCGAAAAGAAAAAUCACAGAUGAUCAAUUAUUCAUCUCAAUUAUUCCUCCUAGACAGCGACAAGACGAAACGGAGAGCAGAUGGAAACUUGCUUAAGUCUCAUCUGUGUCUCAGAUAUCUCUCCUGAGAAAAGGAGGAAUGACAGAGUUUCAGAAGAGAUGUCAACAACUCACACAUUUCUCAUCAAAACCGCUACAGUCUACUGUACAUUCAUUUACACCUCCAGACUCUCGUUUUAUUUCUCCUGAGCAAAUUCUGAGCAAUAGAACAUUCUUCUGGAAUCAUAUUGGGAUAAUGUUGACUUUAAAGUGGUUGGACUGGGUAUCUUCAUCUGAGUUGGAACCAGCCAGGAGCUUAAAAUGGUUUCACUGGUUUUGCAGGCGUGAUAGAGAGUUUUACUUUCUGUGAAUUUCUUUGUUCUUCCUGUGUGCCGGGUCUCCACUGGAGUCACUGUAUAGCUGCACGAGACUCACAGAGCAGCUUAAUGUCAGAUCUCAUCAAAUAAAUGGACUGAAUGCACAUGGAAGUCUAGACAUAAUGCAACACAAUUUCCUAAUCCAACGGAACGUGUCAUGAAGUCCCUGGCAAUGUGAAGUUUCUCUGUGUUUAAUGUUGACCACAUUCAUUCACCCUAAUGUGUUUUAUUAUCAUUAACACAUUACAUCCCAGUUGACGUUCUCAUGAGUGUUAUCUGACAAUGAAAUGCAGUCAUUGUUUAUAAUUUAUAUAAAUGACUUCUAAAAUAAUGACGUGUUUAAUAAAGCAAACGAAUAAAUGUCGGGGUUGAUGUGAUCAUCUAAUGAUUCAUUAAUUACCUGUCUGUUUAAAAACACUGUGUGAUUACUGUACUGUGUUAAACUGUAUUCCACAUGUAUACCGUUUUUUUUUUAUUAAAUGUCUACACAAAUAACUCUGUAAAGUCACCGUGAUGAAAUGAUACUACAGUAGCAAUUCAUUAAAGUGUACAUAGAGAAACAUCAGUUACGAUUGAUUCUGUGCUUUUGUAGAUAUCACAGAAUGAGAUAAAACAUCAUGUUUACUCAUAAAAAUGUUUGAGAGUGAACUAAAAUCUCACCUCAUGUUGG